AUGUACAAUUCAACGAUAACUGAAUACGAGGGCAAUAAAAGCCGAAAGUUAACGCUGAGAACGGAGAAUGGCAAGAAUUCGAUUCUCGAUCAACCGCCAAAAGAGAACAUACCGGCAGUACAACCAUUGAUUUGGCGCAAUAUCAUUGCUAUUCCUGUUCUCCAUAUCAUUACAAUCUAUCUAUUUGUCACGCGAUAUAAUGAGGCGAAAUUUUGGACUUGGAUAUUUACAAUAUCAUAUGCAAUCCUUGGUGGUUUGGGUAUAACGGCAGGUGCUCAUCGUUUCUGGGCACAUAGGAGUUAUAGUGCCACAUUACCACUUAAAAUUAUGCUGACUUGUUUUUACUGCAUGGUCGGACAGACUCAUCUGACUAAAUGGAUUCGCGUCCACCGAACGCAUCAUAGAUACACCGAUACAUCCGCGGAUCCGCAUAAUGCUAGUCGCGGUUUUUUCUUCUCGCAUGUUGGCUGGUUAAUGAUGAAGCAUCAUCCGGCAGUUAAAAAAUAUGGUAAAAAUGUGGAUAUGAGCGAUAUUGCUGCUGACCCUGUGAUACGUUUUUUCGAUAAAUAUUAUCCGCCGAUCAUGUUGUCGCUAUGCUUUGUUCUACCGACUCUGGUACCCGUAUAUAUAUGGAACGAAACCUGGAUAGUAAGCAUAGGUGCUACGAUUUCGCGCUACCUAGUUACGUUGAAUGCGGCUUUUGCUGUCAACAGUUUUGCUCAUAUAUGGGGCACUCGCCCGUACAACAGAAAUCUUAAGGCAACUCAGAAUCCAACAGUAUCCUUCUUUACUUUCGGUGAGGGUUGGCACAAUUACCAUCACUCCUUCCCGUGGGAUUACAAGGCCGCGGAGUUAAGUUUGUAUCGUCUCAAUCUGACGACCGCCUUUAUAGAUUUCAUGGCCUGGUUAGGAUUGGCGUACGAUUUGAAGACACCGAGUUCUGAGAUGAUCGACAAAUUUUGCGCAAAAAGAGGUGACGGUAUGGGCCUCUUAAAACCAAAUGUAAAGUAG